CACGUGCGGUCUUGUCCCACUCCACUGGAGAAAGCCGAUCAAGAACAUCCUCAAGAACGUCCUAAUUCACCUUCCGAUUCCUCCACCCCCGCCGGCCCGCGUCCAUGGGUACUCGACGCUGGGAUGUAUGAGCCACUUUACUACGCCUUUGACGCUUACCCGACUAUCAUUCCCCGAGUCAGGGUGCGAGGCGUGAUGGCUCUCUUCCUGGCCGUCUCCAUUCUAUGGGCCCUGAUCUGGCUUCUGUAUCGUGCCUGGCAGGUAUGUCAGACCCCCAAUGAGCUUCUUGUGGAGAAGCUGGGUCUAGAUAUCCCACCGCCGCCAGAAGUCACCCUGGAAGAGAUCACGGCCCGUGAGAUCCGCCUAGCCUGGAAGCAACCCGAUUUUCAUAACUCCAUACAUAAGCAUAUCAUUCAGGUGAAUAAUGUUAAAGUGGGCGAGUCGAAACGCGCGGAGACCGCGGUGGAAAUAUUGAAUCUCAUACCGGGAAGCAUCUAUCACAUCUGUGUUCUAUCAGUCAGCGCAGCAAAUUUCCAGACCCCAAGUGCGAUUCUCCAUGUCCGAACGAAAUCUCUUCCGUUAUCCCGGUCCCAGCAGGAUACCCCCACUGGUGGUCCAACAAUUCGAGCAUCGAUCCCACGGUCUACGGCCGGCUUACCGACUCCCUCUGCCCCAGUGAUGGCCCGUGAACAUAGCGCCGGACAAUUGCCCGGAAAACGGCCAUCUGCCGGCCGCAAAUUGUCCCCCGCGGCAGGAGCGGCAGAUUUUGCACAUGGACACGACGAACUACAUAAAGGCGUGUUCAAGAAUGAUCGCGAUGGAAGUCUGGAACAACUCGCCGAUCGAUUGAAAGCGUUACAACAAGAAAAUGAAAAUAUGGAAAAACAAGUGACUGAGGAGGAAGACGAGCAUAUUGUGAUGUUAAAGGAACUGGAGAAGCAUCGUGACGAGCUGAAGAAGCGAGUCAAGGAGAAGGACGAAGUCAGUGGAGAUCUGAAGAAGCACGUCUCGAAACUGGAGAGCAUCAAUCGCUCGGUCCAGGGCGAGAAGUCCAAACGAAUGAGGCUUCUUCAGCAGAAGGAAGCAGAGCGCAAAAAACGCAAGAACGAUAUUGUCCGAUGGCAAGAACGGAUUGCACGCAUGGUUGCCGAUGCUGCGCAAGCCAAGGAGGACAAGACUCGGUUGGAGGAAGAUGGUGAGGCUCGAGGGGAAGAAGUGCGCAAAAAGAUUGCGAAAGAGCAGGCGGAGAUGAAGAUCAUCGACGAAGAAAUUCAAGACAAGGGCGGCCGAAUCAAGAAGCUCGAGGACGAACGACAAGGUCUUCAGGGUGGUGACAACGAAGACGGGAAGGAGCUUGACCGGAUUGAUAAUGAGCGGGCUCGUCAAUGGGAGCUGAAGCUGGGCGAACUCCAUGCUCGAUACGCCACCCUUGUCAACCUCCAUGCCCAGGCUCAGCAACAGUAUCAAGAAGCCCAAGAGCGGCUGAAGUGGCUUACCACGCAACGUCCUAGCAGCUCAGGACCAUUUUCCUUGCCGCCUUUGGAACUGGAUAUGUCGAAUACAGCGACAAUUCGGCCCCGUCGCCACCGCAGCUCCAUGGUGAGCAAUUUCUCCUCGUCUUUGAAUUACCCCGGUAUUGAAUCGACUUUUCCCGGAAUCAAUUGCAAUCCGCCCUCGUCCAACUCCCCCACGUUCGCUCCGACCUCUACGUUUUUCAAUAUUAAUAAUGGUAUGACUCUCCCGGGUCUUUCUGAUCCGCCAGAGAUCAUGCGCUCUGACGCCGAGGCUGCCUUUAACAAUCCGCAAAUGAGUCCCCGAGCCGAUGCCCUGCUGCCAUCAGACCUGCUUGGAGAUGAGGAAUCGCCCGAAUUUCCCCGACCUGUUGGUCGCGCACGAUUUUCUACGAUGGAUUCGUCUAACAUGCCGUUAGAUGGGUUUGGUCAUGGCCCUGUCUCGCCUGUUUCUUCUGGGAGUAGGCCAGGCAGUAUAUUUGCUAGCCCGUUAGAGACCCGUAAUCGACAGGACUCUGGUUCCCAACCGGGGCAGUUGUCCGCUGCCGAGGAAGCGCCGAAAAGCGCUUCUCGACGACUGUCUGGGAUUUUUGGGUUCCACCGCCCCCGUGGGAAGACCUUGGCUGAUGGACCACCUAUGUUGGGUACUUUGAAACCUGGGCAAAGUCAAUCUUUCCCCCGAAAUGUUGAUGAGUUAGACCCAAUCGGAUCGCGACGUCGGAGAUUGAGUUAUACGGGCAAUUGGGCAAACGCAAUGUCCUUAUUCCCUCGAAGUAACACCACUGGUGUGACUGCAGACAGUUCCUCCGAUCAUGCGCCUUCCAGGAGGGCUGCCUUCUCGAACAUCUUCUCAUCUAGCAAGUUCGGGUUUGGCGGUGCUGGUAGCCGUGGAAACUCCGACCUGAGCACCGGAUACAAUCAAUUCAGUCCCCGCCAUGACCCUAUUGAUCCGUCGUCUCUUCUCGGUGGUGUUCGACGUGGUUCCCUAUCUCCAAGGCCGUCAUCUACGUUUUCAUUUGAGAAUCAGAAUCAGCUUCCCCAUCCUUCUACGGACAAUCGCCACUUUGGGUGGCCAUCGACGGAUCAAAUGGGACAUCGAAAUAGCCCGCUGGGAUUAGAUUGGACAUCUCCAUCAACCUGGUCACGAGCGCCUUCUCGUCGGCCCUCAAUCCAAUAUGGGUCGUCUGGCCAUCUUCCCUUAGGAUUGACUGGCGAGCCCGAUUUCGUCGAGGACACAUACGAUCGCCAUCAUCGGCCGCUACAAGCGCCGAUUGGAACUCGUCCAUCCUCGUCCCAUCGGCCUAUCACCCCCAAGCUAAACCCGGCUGCGCCGUCUUUUCGAGGAAUGUUUUCUAGCAGGAGAUCUGACAAGGAUAGAGAGAAAGAUAGAGACGAGUCUGACGCCCCCUUUGAUCUUCACGUCGACGAUGGGUCUCCUUCUGAGCCUCGCACCUCUCGCUCCUUUUCCCACUUCACGGGUGAGUCCUACGAGUCCUUGGAACGCAUGCCGUCCGGUACUUCGGUAGACAAUGCAUCCAAGGAAUCAUUCAUUCGCAAGAUUACCCGCAAAGGCAGCUCGAGCAAAUUCAGCUCCUGGAAAGACCGUUCUGGAUUAUUUUCGAAAAAGGGCGAGUCUUCACAGACCGACAUCGAUGAAGACGCAGCCAGUGAAGCUCAGCUAGCGAAGAGCAUCGAUAGCACACUCUCUAGCGUGCCCUCGGCAGACCGAUCUACUCGCAGUAGUCUUGGUUUCUUCUCUCGCAAAUCACGAAAAUCGGACAAGGCUAGCGAGACGAGCGAGCGAGCCAGUGAGACUGGCGACGAGGAAAUCCCCGAAAUUCCGGAGAUUCUUUCAUGA